AUGGUGGAGCAGUCGGACCGAGCCCCGCUGCUGGACUGGGAGGAGAUCCCACCUCCAGAUCCCAACCAGGCGGCUCCACCACCACAGCCGCCGCCCGCACCGGAGAAAGACACACCGGCGGAGAAAAGUUCGCAACCGCCGAAGCGUCCACCUGCCAGCACUGCGGCGGGCACAGGGUGGAGCAGCCCCGCCGAAGACACCGCCACCCCCGCCACCCUCAGCCCGACCGACAACAAGGCUGUAACAGCUGUUGUUCCCAGCGGGGACGGAAGCCCGGGCCGUCCGAGAACCACCGAUCCGUCCGGGCACAGGAGGGAUCACCCGGACCGGAAUGUUCUUUUCCCCGUCCUGUCUGUCAGAGAUCAAUGGGAGGAAAAGGAUCAGAUCGUGGCUGUGUUCGUGGUUACCUUUGAUACCAGAUCAGGGAACAUGGUAGAGUGGUGUUUGCCUCACGACAUCAACCUCGACGGAGUUGAAUUCAAGUCUAUGGCCAGCGGCUCCCACCGGAUCACCAAUGACUUUAUAUAUUUCCGUAAAGGCUGUUACUUCGGGCUGGCCUGUUUUGCUAACAUGCCUGUGGAGAGUGAGCUGGAGAGAGGAGCGAGGAUGAAGUCAGUGGGAAUCCUGUCUCCGUCCUACACCCUUCUUUACCGAUACAUGCACUUCCUGGAGAACCAAGUCAGACAUCAGCUGCAGUGUCCAGGCCAGUAUUCUCCACUAGAGGCCUUCUACGAGGAUAAGAAGGCCGUCCUUCCUCCCACAGGAAACGGCCUGGUCACUGCUUGCCCGACUUGGAGUGUAACUAACAUCAACCGCUGCAUGCAUCCAGAAAUGAAGAUCACCCACCCCGCUGGCUGCAUGUCCCAGUUCAUCCAGUUUUUUGGCGAGCACAUAAUGGUGCUGUGGAAGUUUGCUCUGCUGAGGAAACGUCUCCUCAUCUUCUCCCCUCCACCUGUAGGCGUGGUCUGCUACAGAGUGUACUGCCUUUGCUGCUUGGCCAAUGUCUCUCUACCUGGAAUCGGUGUCUCUGUUCCUGAAUUACGGCCUUUCUUCUACAUCAACAUUGCUGACAUCACUGCCCUGGAAACAGAGCUGUCCUAUGUAGCCUGCACCACAGAAAAGAUUUUUGAGGAAAAAAAGGAGCUGUAUGACGUCUACAUUGAUAACCAGAAUGUGAAAACGCACAGAAGUUAUUUGCAGCCGCUGCUAAGAGUGAACGCAGCAGACAAAGAAAAGUACAGGAAACUGACUGAGCAGAGGCAAAUGCUGAUGUAUUCACAGGAGGUAGAUGGAGACUGCACGUCCAAUGAAGAGGAUCUGUUCAUUCUGUUCUUCAUGGAGCUGAAUAACCGCAUCUUCCAGACCUUGUCGGAGGUGGCAGGCAGUGCUGAUCCCACCCUCACCACUGAGCACGUGAGGGCCAUGGGGCUGGAUCCCCAGGGUGACCGCUCCUUCCUGGCCGACCUGCUGGAGGUGUAUGGUAUUGACAUCACACUGGUCAUAGAUAACCUCUGCUGCCCCUGAGCGCCCUCCUUCUUCCCCCCACCUCCACCUCCAACUGAGGAACUUUGGGAUACCACUGGAUAUUUGUGCCUUCAAGGCCCACACACACACACACACACACACACACACACCAAAACACUGAAGACACUGCCUUCACCCUGGGAGUUCAUCUAUUGCCUGCUGUCCCCUCAUGGGUGUCUUAUCUCCCUCUGUAUGUGUUUCAUCAGAACUAUGGAGACUGUUUCCAGCCGGUACGGGUCAUGUGGACAUUAGACGCUGUACGCCGGUGGCUGAUAAACACCUGCCUAGCAGACAGUGUUCCUCGGCAGCUGCAUUUGUCUUAUAACCUUCACAUUUUAACUCACUCAGUACUGUUUUGGUCAGAAAUCCUUUUGCUUGUGUGUGUUUGUGGCCAACGGUGAAGCACUGGAUGAAGAUAUACAGGACAAGUGGUCUUUUUCCACUUCACUCGUCACAAUAAUAAAGUCGUAGACACUGUCACGGAUCAGGAAGAAUAUUACUUGGAAAGGUUUAUCGGUGGACUCAGAUCUUUGUGCUUCAGCUCUCCUCUCCAGAGACUCACAGCCUUCAUAAUGUGCAAAAAUGGGACUGAUUUGAAACAUCUUGCUGUCGUAUCAUUCGUAGAUGUUCUUCAUGCUCUCAUAAAGCUACAUCUGUGAUUAGUAAAAACCUGCUUCUUGACCACACUAUUUGCCUUUUAAAAAGGAAGCAAUAGGAGUUUGUGUGUCAACUGAAAUGAUCAGAUCAGCCUUCUUUAUAUAUAUCUAUAUAUAUUUGAGCUCACUAUCAUCUGCUUUUUUAAUGUUUUUACUAUUUGCUUCACAAAUGAAAGUGAGAGAUGAGGUAAACGACAAAAUGAUUUUGAAUGAAUGUGAUAUCCUCUUUUUUUACAACGGGGAUGGCUGAUUAUUAUGAAGCCGAGAUGGGGAAAAACUAAUAUUCACCUUAAUGCACCUUCGACACGAGUUAGUGUUGUCCGUUAAUUUAACUGUAAUUUAACUGUGGUCACAGUCACGAUGUAAAAGAUGUGUGUGUUCUGCAUUUGUUUAAUUUAUCAUGAUCAGCAGGUGAAGGGUGUUUAAUUGUUAGUGAAUGUGACGUUCUAAUAUUAACUUCUCAUGGAUGCUGCACCAUGUCCAACACUGGACUGUUUUCCUGAUGCACACAAUGAUCAUGCUAAACACUUUUUGUCUUAUGUUUAUGUUUCUAGUCUGAGCCAGAAAGUGGUUUUAGAGAAAAGGAGGUAAAGUAUGAGUGUUAUGAUGCAAUAUACAGGCUGUCAUUGGAUUCUUUUUUUGUUCCUUUUUAGUUCAUCCGCAAAUAUAUCAUCUGCGAUCCUGAUGAAUGAACAACCGUUUGUAGUUUACUUGUUGAUCCACUUCAAAGAUGUACUUUCCGCUUGCGUCGCUCGAUGACAAAGAUCUCUUUGUGCAUAUUUGGAGAUGUGCUGACGUCACGGCGACAGCUGAGCAGACGCUGUACCUCCUCCUCUGUUUGGCAGAUCCACAAAGAGGCCCCAUCUGUUUCAGCUGAGGGGUUUCUCUUCUCUGCCUUUUCAUCACAUUUCCAUUCAGUGAAUCCAACUCCAGAGAUGGGCCAACAGUGUCUUUGAAUUCCCCCGGCAGACAGUUUUAUUUAAUGCUAGCCUGAGUGGUACAUUUUUCUGUGUUGGAAACACCUGAGGCUAAUGUUUUGGUGUAUAAAAUUAGAUUAGUUGCUUCUGACCUUGUUGUGACUCCUUGUACAAGCCUAAAGUUAAAGAGUUAAUUUAAUUCAGUGUCAGAUCCUUUUUUUUUUUUUUUUUUUUCAAGAAUUAUCUGUCAGGGCUUGUUUCACCACAUUGAACUACUGAUUUACUCGUUUAGAGAGUUAUUUGCGUUGUAUUUUGACUUCCUGAGAUUAUUUCUGGGAUGGUUGAAAAUAAAGAAAGUACACCGAGCAUUGUAUUCAAAAGAAAAAGGUUCCUAAAGCUUUGUUUUUUAAAUGGGGCCUUAAGGAAAUUUUCUCAGAUUCACUACAGCAAAGUGACUUAUACGUGUGUGUAUGUAUAUCAGCUGUAUUUACCUAAAGAUUAAUUUCACAGUCUUGAGCCUUUCUCAGUGACUUUACAGGAAGAACUGUUGAUUCUGACUGGUCCGUUCACUUGUCGGCCGAUUAUGUUCUCCCAUUUGUCAGUGUUUGCUCUACAGGUGUAAGUUAAACAUAAAAAAGGGAAUGUACAUAACACACACCACUGUAAAAAAAAAAAAAAAAAAAAAAAAGCCUUCUUUGUGGAGUCCUUCACAAAUGUGUACCAGCAGUAGCUCAAGAAAAUUGUUUGUACAGUACGUCACUCCAAUGAAUGUCAAAGAAAGCAAAAGUAUUGCACACACAGUCGAGUACAGUGGUGUAACCGUUCCUGCUUGUUUAUAAUGUAAAUCCAGAGUAUUCACUGAUACAAACUGAGACAUCUUCACCUUUACUAAUGUGAACCACUGUAAGAGCUGUCAGUAAUGUACACAUGAAUUCAAUAGCAUGAGCAAAUGUUAAUUCCACUGUACUGCCAUUGUGAAAUAAAACAUUGAUACUGUCAGUCUUAUCUAA